UAGGUUGGCUUCAGUGGGUUGGUCCUCAUUUUCGUAGUUGCGAUUUUGCGAUCGAUAUCGAUCUUCAUCGUCAUCAUCACCAGUCAAAAUUAGGGCAAAAAUCUUGAGCUUUCUCGUCGAAGAAGGAAAGAUGGUGAAAGUGGCGACUUACUUCGCGAUGACACUCGGCGCCUUCGUCUUCUGGCAGUCCAUGGACAAGAUCCACGUCUGGAUCGCUCUCCACCAGGACGAAAAGCAAGAAAGAAUGGAGAAGGAAGCGGAGAUAAGGAGGGUGAGAGCGGAACUGUUGCGACAACAGGCAGAGCAAAAGGAUUCUCUUGCAUAAGCAUUGUGUCUUGAUGCGGUUGGCCUUUUACUGUGAACUUUCUAUUUUUGCCAUUUUUGCUUGAAUUAUUCUGGUCAGAGUUGACAGAGUUCUCAUAAAAUACGACUCCUGUAUUAAACUGAUGAAUUUGCAUUGUUAUGGACAAGAAUUUGCUCUGUUCUGCCUUUUUAAGCUACUUUUUCUUUGUGGGGUGUGAAUGGAAUAUGCCUUUGCUUGCUAUAAAACUUAUGCAUCUUGGAUG